AUAAAAUGGGACGUUCGUAACAAGACUUUUCUUAGUCAAGUGUCCACUCUUGAUAUUAGUGGGCUUCAAAUAACUUCUGAUGUCAUGGAACAAUUACAAGAGACCUUCAACUCCUCACUGACAGUUUCUGAGGAUGAAUGCAAUGAAACAUUCACAUCUUACAAAGCUAAUCAACAUUUCCUGCACCAUGCCAACAGUGUCUAAACUCCAACUCAGACGUAACAACUUCUUCUUUGUCAGUUUGAAUAUGUUUCAGUUGUGUAUUAAUGUAAAAGAGUUAGAUUUAGCAGAGAAUACAAUCGGAAAUAUCCAAGACAAGGCCUUCAGAUCUCUUCAAGGUUUGAGGAUCUUGACUCUUAGUCAAAACAAGCUUUCAUCUGUUCCAGCUGAAAUUAGAAAUCUACCAAGACUUGAAGAGCUGGAUCUCAGCAAGAAUAACAUCAGGACACUUGAAUGUUGUCAUUUCACCAAUCUGACAAAGCUCAAACAUCUCAGCCUUCAACAUAAUUCAAUCUCAGCUCUACCAGAAUGUGUUUUCAAGGAUUUAAUACGAUUGCAAGUUUUAAAGCUACAGAGCAACAGCAUCACCAAAUUAGAAAGUGCUUUCAAAAAAUACUUGCCAAAUCUUAAACAACUGCAUCUGAAUGGAAAUAAACUCACCACCAUUAAAAGGGAGGAAUUUAAGGGAUUGCAAUCCCUCCAGAACUUGUCAUUACAUGAAAAUCAAAUAGGGGAACUUCUUAAGGGGUGUUUUAUUGGAUUGACAAAUCUAACUAAUAUUAAACUGCAAUCGAAUGCGAUUAAAAAACAUGAACUUUACAAAGAUGCUUUCCAUGAUCUGAUAAAUUUAAUUACGUUGGAUAUGAGGGAGAAUCACAUUCAUUACCAGCAAGAUUCACAUCUGUCUGAUCCACCAUUUUCUAACUUGUCCCAUCUGGAGAUAUUGGCUAUUCCAGGACAACACCACAGGGGGAAGUCCCAACUGCCUUGCAACUUCCUGCAAGGUUUGACUAAUCUUUUGGUUUUCAAUGCCAGGAACAUUCAAAUUCUAUCCCUCCACAAAGACAUGUUUAUUUACACGCCUCGACUUCAAACACUUGACAUUAGCUCAAAUGACCUAUUGGAUCUUUCUCCGGAUCUGUUUUCCCCAAUUAAAAGCCUUAAAAGCCUUUUCAUAUCUAGCACAAGUCUUCAUUCUCUAGACUUCUUUAUAAAUGCCAACCUUACUAAGCUGGAGUUUCUACAGGCAAGAAAGAAUGAAUAUUCAGUUUUCAGUGAAGAAGUAUUGAAGUCCCUACCGGCUCUUGUUUACGUGGAUUUUGAAUACAAUAGUUUCACCUGUAACUGUGAUAACGCCUGGUUCCUCAAGUGGGUAUUAAACAACAAACAAACACAAGUUGUUGACGCCUACAACUUUGUGUGCAACUAUCCUUCAGGCCUUAAAGGUAUGAAACUGUUGGACCUAGACGUACGGCCCUGCACAGUGGACACUGAAUUAAUCUACUAUAUCUGUAUCACAUGUACGAUACUCCUGUUUAUGGUGGUGUCCUUCACCUACCAUUUCCUGAGGUGGCAGCUUACUUACGCCUACUACGUCUACCUGGCCUUGCUCUUUGACACAAAGUAUAAAAACAAUCAAGUUCCUAAUCAGUAUGACGCCUUCAUCUCCUACAACACCCAUGAUGAGCCAUGGGUCAUCAGAGAGAUGUUGCCAAAACUGGAAGGAGAGCAUGGCUUCAGAUUGUGUCUGCACCAUCGAGACUUCGAACCAGGUAAACCCAUCGUAGACAACAUCACAGAUGCCAUCUAUGGAAGCCGGAAGACCAUCUGUGUCAUCAGUCGCAAAUACCUUGAGAGUGAGUGGUGCUCCAGAGAGAUCCAGGUGGCCAGCUUCCGCCUGUUCGAUGAGCGGAAGGAUGUGAUGAUCAUGGUGUUUCUGGAGGAGAUUCCCAACGCUCAGCUGUCCCCUUACUACCGCAUAAGGAAGCUGCUGAAGAGGAAUACCUACCUGAGCUGGCCUCAAGCCGGGGAGCACCCUGAGCUGUUCUGGGCGAAACUCCGCAAGGCUCUGAAGACCAGAGAAGAUCUCAGUGAGGACAGAGUGCUCCUCAAUGACAUGGACAGACUGUGAUGGAAAGGAAAUACAAUCCUCUCUGUGUGGGAGGUUUGGAAACUUCUGCAUUAUGUUUUAAUACCAACUAGAUCAGCUGCUCUUACUGGUCUAACUGCAAUGGAAAAUGAACUUGAACUGUUAGAACCAAACUGGAAGACCAAGUUAUGACUAAGUGUGAGAAAACAUUUUUUUUUUCCAUAAUGAGCUUGUGAGCUCUGCCUCUGACUUCUUUAAUAGGGCAGUGAUAAUGACAGGUAACAAUUAGGUGAAAGAUAAUAAUAAUAAUAUCAUAUCAUAUAAUAGAUUAGCAUAGAGCAGACUGAAUUAAGGGAGUGAUUGAUCCCAUCAAAAAUACUAGAUUAAUAAAACAUGUGUCUGGGUCCUUCUACUUGCUGUUGGGUUUAAUGAAAAGAUCACAUUCAUCUUCUCAAACUGUGAACUGUAAACUUAUAAUGCCUAUCUUUUCACUUGUCUAAUCUAAUUUCAGUCUUAUAGACAGGUUUCCUGCGCAGCUGGAUGGUAGAAAACAUGUCAUGACAGUUUAUACUGUAUGUAUGGACAUCUUUAGUAUUAAGAAAUUAAUCAGCUGGUUGGAAACCAGUAAAUAACGGAGGUAUAUUCUAAAAUGUAUUAUGGCGGGAAAAUCAUACCGUCUGCAUUAUUAUGUAACCACUGAGAGCAUCAUUGUGUUCUUUGUAAGCAUUUCCUUAUAUUAUAAAUGUCUAUGUUAAUCCCCUAAUCCUCAUGUAGCCAAAUUUGUUUAAACCCACAAGACUUUAAUUUCCCCCAAAGUUUCAAAUGAUACUAAAUGUGUAGAGUUACAUUUUGGGGAAAUUCUACUGGAGCGAAAGACAUCUAGAAUAUUGUGGAUUUGAAUGGUGAUUUGAAGAGCUGGAACAAGGUGAUAAACCGGGCAGGCUUUAAAAAUGUAUAGUUGCCUUAUUUGAAAUGAAUUUCUGAAUCUGACGUUUCAAAUUAUUGUUAUGUUUUAUUGGAACUUCAUUACAUCAUUCAUGAUCAGCCAGACAACAUGGUCUUUUGGGUAAAAACAUUGUGACAAAUGCUUUUUAUAGAACACAAAUAAAAUGUCUUGUUAGUAACGUUA